AUGGAUGGUGACGAGCUGAUUGCCUCGGUCUACCGCAAGAUCGAGCGGGAGAAGGCUCUCAUCACCGCCGCCAGUAACAUGCGGCAGUCCACCGAUAACCCUCUUGUGCAACAGCGGGUCGACGCUAACAUCCGCGAUGGUCGCAAGAAUAUCGCCUACUUGGAGGAGAAGAUGCGAGAGUUGCAGCUCCGCCAGAUGGAGCGCGAAGGUGGCGGCUCUCCCCAGGAUUCACGUCACCAGCCAGGCGGCCCGCCGCCGCCCCCGAAGGAUCAUGCCGGAUACUAUGGAGGGGAAAGUGACGGUCAUGAUUAUCCUCAAGGUGGCUCGGGCUCGAUGCCUGCGGGCGCUCCUUAUUCGGACCCCCGCCCUUACGCCCCGGUCCCGAAGGCACGACCAAAUUAUACUAAACUUGAUCUAAUCAAAUAUGACACUCAGUAUUUGGGCCCGAAGAUCCAGCUGAUGCUGUCCCAGCUUGAAUUCAAGCUCAGCGUCGAAAAACAAUACAAAGCCGGUAUCGAGAAGAUGGUUCGCUUGUACCAGGAUGAGGGUGAUCGCAAGAGCCGCGCGGAUGCCGAAGGCCGUCGCAUCGAGAGUAAUCAGAAGAUUCAGCUAUUGAAGCAGGCUCUGAAGCGAUAUGAAGAUCUCCACGUGGAUAUUGAAUCUGCCGCGGCGGAUGAUGAAAGUCUCAGCAGCCCCAAUAUGCGCAAACCGUUGACUGGUCUCCUGACUAUGCGAAUCCAUGCCGUCAAAGAUGUUGACCACGCAACUAGCUCACGCUUCUCACGGGGCCCGGAAACGUUUGUGAUUGUCAAGGUGGAAGACACAAUUAAAGCGAGAACCAAGGCAACCCGAAAUGACAAGUGGCUGGAUGAAUCGUUCUCCAUCGACAUUGAUAAGGCGAACGAGAUCGAACUCACGGUGUACGAUAAGUCGGGAGAUCGCCCGACCCCCAUUGGCAUGCUUUGGGUGCGAAUUUCAGAUAUCGCUGAGGAGAUGCGUCGCAAGAAGAUUGAGACUGAGCUGAAUGCUUCGGGAUGGGUUUCCGCAGAUAAGAUGGAUGGAUCCGGCACCCCUCGCUCUGAGUACCACGGAUCCCCAGGUACUUCCCACGGAGGUCCUGGCUCGGGGGCAAUGGGUCAUCAAGGCGGCGGCCAAUAUGGGGGAGAUAACCCGAAUGCGCCUCCAACAGUAAUGAUUGAUUCAUGGUUUGCCUUGGAGCCAUUUGGCCGAAUUCAACUACAGAUGAGCUUUGCCAAGCAACUGAAGGACCGCCGCCCCUUCGACAUUGGUCUCAACCGACAGGGCGCCGUGCGCCAAAAGAAGGAAGAAGUCCACGAGAAGCAGGGCCACAAGUUCGUUACCCAGCAAUUCUACAAUAUCAUGCGCUGUGCGCUGUGUGGAGAGUUCCUCAAGUAUGCUGCGGGCAUGCAGUGUGCGGACUGCAAGUACACUUGUCAUCGCAAAUGCUACCCCAAGGUUGUUACCAAGUGUAUCAGCAAAGCGAAUUAUGAAACCGACCCAGACGAGGAGAAGAUCAACCACCGGAUUCCCCACCGCUUCGAGGGCUUCUCCAACCUUUCCGCCAACUGGUGCUGCCACUGUGGUUAUCUGCUUCCUUUUGGACGGAAGAGCGCCAAACGAUGCACUGAAUGUGGUCUUACUUGCCAUGCCCAAUGCACACACCUUGUCCCUGAUUUCUGUGGCAUGUCAAUGGAAGCGGCGAACCAGAUCCUGGAGACCCUCAUUCGCGCAAAGAAUCACAACAAGUCUACUUCUGUCAGUUCUGGUCUUAGCGGCCGUACGCUACGGCCAAGCGGUCCACCACAGCCCCCUCAAGACAAUGCCGCCCUUUCAUACCCCCAAAAACCCACCGAUCGUCCCUAUGGGGCACUACCCCGACAGCCCUCAGCUGAAGCGUCACCAACAGCUGCACAGGCUGCUCAGCGCCAACCCUUAGCUCCGAAGUCACCUACCACCGUUUCCCCUGCUGCCCAGCAAGCGGCGGCUGCCGCAACAUCCCUGCGUCACCCUCCACAGACACCGCCGGAGAUGAACCGUCCCCCUGUGCAAGCCCAACAACCUCCUCCUCCUUCACAUGCUCACUAUGACCCCUCCGUCUAUGCUAGCUUCCAGCAACCGGCUCCGGCUCAGGUAAUGCAGAAACCCGCUCCACCCACUCAAUACCAGAUGCCUCCGCCCCAGCAACCUAUGCAGCCAAUUCCUCAACAAAUGGCUCCGCCGGCUGUGAAGGAAGAUCUUAGUGCGGCCCAGUCAAAGCCUCGCAUUGGUUUGGAUCAUUUCAACUUCCUGGCCGUGCUUGGUAAGGGUAACUUUGGAAAGGUUAUGCUCGCUGAGACCAAGAGCACCCGCAAACUGUAUGCCAUCAAGGUGCUGAAGAAGGAGUUCAUCAUUGAGAAUGAUGAGGUGGAGAGCACAAAGUCUGAGAAGCGUGUUUUCUUGAUUGCCAACAAGGAGCGACACCCCUUCUUGCUGAACCUGCACGCUUGUUUCCAGACUGAGACUCGCGUGUACUUCGUCAUGGAAUACAUUAGCGGUGGUGAUCUCAUGCUGCACAUCCAGCGGGGCCAGUUCGGACUGAAGAGAGCACAGUUCUAUGCUGCGGAAGUUUGCUUGGCUCUUAAAUACUUCCACGAGAAUGGCGUCAUCUACCGUGAUUUGAAGCUUGACAAUAUCCUUCUCACCCUGGAUGGUCACAUCAAGAUUGCCGAUUACGGUCUGUGCAAGGAGAAUAUGUGGUAUGGAUGCACCACAAGCACAUUCUGUGGUACUCCUGAGUUUAUGGCGCCAGAGAUUCUGUUGGACAAGAAGUAUGGCAGAGCUGUGGAUUGGUGGGCAUUUGGUGUUUUGAUCUAUCAGAUGCUUCUGCAGCAGUCUCCCUUCCGUGGUGAGGAUGAGGAUGAAAUCUACGACGCCAUUCUCGCCGAUGAGCCUCUAUACCCCAUCCACAUGCCCCGCGACUCGGUCUCCAUUCUGCAGAAGCUGCUGACCCGCGAGCCUGAGCUGCGCCUAGGCUCUGGUCCCACCGAUGCCCAGGAAGUGAUGUCUCACGCAUUCUUCCGCAACAUCAACUGGGAUGACAUCUACCACAAACGUGUCCCCCCGCCCUUCAUCCCUACCAUCAGCAGCCCCACGGAUACCAGCAACUUUGAUCAGGAGUUCACUAGCGUAACCCCCGUCCUGACACCUGUGCAGUCUGUGCUCUCGCAGGCCAUGCAGGAGGAAUUCCGUGGCUUCUCUUAUACUGCUGAUUUUGCUUGA